AUGAGUACUCUGACUGCACUUCCUGGACAGCAGGGUCACGUUGAUCCAGAAGAAAUAUUUCAUCGUCUCGAUCAUAUUGGGCGUGGCUCAUUUGGCGAAGUAUACAAAGGAAUAAAUAUUAAAUCAUCGAACGUUGUUGCUAUUAAAAUAAUUGACUUGGAAAAAGCUGAAGAUGAAAUAGAAGAUAUACAACAAGAAAUUCAAGUUCUAUCACAGUGCAAUUCUCAAUUUAUAACAAAAUAUUUUGGAUCCUAUUUAAAAGGAACAAAGCUAUGGAUAAUAAUGGAAUAUUUAGGUGGUGGGUCGGCAUUGGAUUUAAUGAAACCCGGACCAUUCGAUGAAACAUAUAUUGCAAUUAUAUUACGUGAAGUUCUCAAAGGUCUUGAGUAUCUACAUUCUGAGAAAAAGAUUCAUCGAGACAUCAAGGCUGCCAAUGUUUUAUUGUCUGAACAUGGAGAUGUGAAACUAGCCGAUUUUGGAGUUGCAAAACAGUUAACUGACUCAGUGAAUAAAGGAAAUACAUUUGUAGGUACACCCUUUUGGAUGUCACCAGAAGUUAUUAUGCAACACAAGUAUGAUUACUCGGCUGAUAUUUGGUCAUUAGGAAUAACUGCCAUUGAACUAGCUAAAGGAGAGCCGCCUUAUUCUGAUCUUCACCCAAUGAGAGUACUACUUCAAAUACCAAAAAAUCCUCCACCGCAGCUAACUGGAAAUUACAGCAAAAUAUUUCGAGAAUUUAUAGAAAGCUGUCUACAAAAAACACCUGAACAUAAGAGUACCAAAUAUCUAGUGGAAUUGAUCGAUCGUUAUCGACGAUGGAAAGAUAGUCAUAAAAAUGGCGGUUCAGAUAGUGGAUCUGAUUCGGACGAUGAAAAUCAGAAACACAAAACAAUUGUGGGAGAAUGGAAUUUUACAGUGAAAACUUCCCCAUCUGAUGGUGUCAUUAAAAAACAUCUUCCACGUCAUGGUGGGAAACGAGGACCGUCUGAUAUAAAUGAGCUGGAAAAUGUUUUGCCUCAAUCACCGGCAGAACCGCAGCGUUCCAUCGAAUUAGAUCCAUUACUAAAAUCAAUAUUUUCUGACCUCUCGCAUCGUUAUAAUAUUCCAUCUUCAUCACCAUCGAAUGGAAAUGCGCAUUCAUCAAUCUCUCAACAAACUGGUUCAGAAUUAUUUCAUGAUCUUUAUCAGAUGUUUGAAAAUGCUCAGCUACGUUAUCCGGGUUUUAGUGAUGAAUUUAUAAAAAUAUUACGUGAUCAUUUGUCAAAAGCAACAACAACAAUUUCGUCAUCCGCUGCAGCAAUAUCCUCAAUAACAGAAAAUGAUAAUUUAACUUCGAGUAUGUCUGAUACCAUUGACAAAGCAGAACAAAACGCUAUGAAAGCAGCGGCUAGAGAAAAUGCUAAAGAAGUUAAUAAUGAAUCGAAUGAAGAAGCUAAUAAUAUGCUUAUUCGGGAACAAAAACCGAAAACACCAGUGUCAAAUAAUGAUGGUGAUCCGAAGAAAGAACCACCAAUGAUGGAUAUUCAGCAAAUGCAUUAA